CUGGCGGAGGAAUAUCUGGAGAAAUUCUACAACCUCGACAAAGAUGGAGUCUCAGUUUACAAGAACAAGGGCAGCCCUUUCUCCGAGAAGCUCCAGCAGAUGCAGGAGUUCUUUGGCCUGGAGGUGACCGGGAAGCUGGACUCUGACACAGUGGAAUUGAUGCACAAGCCCCGGUGUGGGGUCAGCGAUGUCGGGGAGUACAGCCUUUUCCCUGGACGUCCUGCAUGGAGAUCAGAUGCUUUGACCUACAGAAUUUUGAACUAUACCCCUGACAUGGCGCGGGCGGAUGUGGAUUCAGCCAUCCGGCAGGCCUUCCAGGUCUGGAGUGAUGUGACCCCGCUGACCUUCACCCGGAUCUAUGAUGGCACGGCCGAUAUCCAAAUCUCAUUUGGUGCGCGAGUUCAUGGUGAUUUCUAUGCAUUUGAUGGCCCUCACGGAACCCUCGCCCACGCCUUCGCUCCUGGGAAUGGGAUUGGUGGCGACGCCCACUUCGAUGAAGAUGAGACCUGGACUGAAGG